AUGGGGAGACAAUCUCAAGCUGUACCAGUUCGAAAGAAUCCUGUCCGAGCAGCCGCUGCAAAAAUUCAAAAGAAAGCUCAAGUGGCCAAGGCAAAUAAGUCUUCUCGUCCUUCAAAGCCUCAAUUGAAGACCGCACCAAAGCUUUUGCCAAAGUCAGAACUUGGCCCUCGCUUUCAAUCCUGCCACAAGGGUGGUCGAGGUGUGCUUCCACCUUCUACUGCUGCAAUGGGAGGUGCAUUAAAAUUCUCUGUCAAAGCUCACCAAGACAGGUAUGAUGAUUGUAAGACACACAAAUUCUUUCCAGGUAAAUUCUUCCAGAAAGAAUCAAUGUGCACAUUGGGUAUAUAUGAUGAAAUUGUUCAAUUAUUUCGUAAAUUGAAAAUUCAUAAUUUGCAUGAAGAGUGUUCCAUGGAACCUUUAGAUUUGGUUUGCUUGCAACGUAUGAAAUUGGUGCAUUUUUACAAAGGACAAUAUGUGUUUAAUAUUCCUUGGGUAACACUACCUUUGGAAAAAGCUGUUGCGUCCUCUACAGGCGAUCUUCAGGAGAAUUCCAAUGAUACACCUAAUACCAAAGAUGCCAUGGUCCUCAUUCACCAGCUCCAAGAACAACUUGUGACCAUUGGUGCACGUGUGGACAAGUUAGAAGAGGAAAACCGCCAACUUAAGCUUAGUUAUGCAGAGUUGAUCCAUGGAAAUCUACAUCUGGUGCCGCCGGGUUCCAAUUCUAAUACUUCCACUCAACCCACAUUCCCUUUUCCAUAG